AUGCCAAGAAAGAAGAAGAACCUGUACUGCAAAUACAGUCAAGAGGAUGUAGAACAGGCUGUUGCCGAGUACUCAUCAAAAACACUCACAUUAAGGCAAGCAUCAGAAAAGUAUGGGGUGCCACGGUCGACAAUAUCAUACAAGAGGUUGGGGCAUCGUUCUUUAAAUGCAACUGCUGGAAAGCCUGUCUUAAUACCGUUAGACGUGGAGGAGGAGACCGUAACACAAGCUGUCAACGCAUCCACUAUACUCGGUCUGAGCAAGCAUCAGAUGAUGAUCAAGGCUGGACAGGUGUGCAAGAAACUUAAAAUCCAUAACCCGUUCAAAAAUGGGAUUCCAGGGAACGACUGGUUUCGUGGAUUGAAACAUCGCCACCCAACCAUGACGACACGGAAACCUGCAAAGCUGUCGUCUUCCAAAGCUCGCCUUGACAAGGCAACAGUUGACGAAUAUUUCGUUAAGCUGGAAGACAUUCUGAAGCAGAACGCCAUUACAGAUCCAGGACACAUCUGGAAUAUGGAUGAAAAGGGAGUAUCACUAGAGCACAAGCCAACUUCUGUGAUCGCUAGAAAGGGUUCUAGAAGCAUUCCUGGGAGAGUGAGUAACUCUAGGGAAAACAUCACCAUUGUUGCUGCAAUCAAUGCAGAUGGCGGUAAGAUUCCGCCAUUAGUUAUUGUCAAAGGGAAGACUGACAGAAGUAUGCAGGCUUAUGGUACAGACGAGGGACCGGAUGGAGCCAUAUAUACGUUUCAAUCAAACGCAUGGAUGGAGGACGUCCUGGGAGAAAAAUGGUUUGCGGACGUGUUCAUUAAAAAUAUAGGACCAUGUCGGCCACAGAUAUUGAUCAUGGAUCAACACAAGAGCCACGAAGUAAUUGGACUUCUUGAAAAGGCGCGACAGGAGGAGAUACUGAUAUUUGUAAUGCCAUCACACAGUUCUCAUUUUUUGCAGCCACUUGACAAGGGGGUGUUUGGCCUAUUGAAAAAAAAAUUAUAA